CAUCUGCUCGACUCCUUCAUUCAAGUGACACCGGAGCUUUGAGGGAUAUUUGAGGCACCAUCCGUUCCCUUUCCUGGCCACUUCUCGCACUUGUACCAGCGCCGAUCGCACGCUCCGAGCGAGGCUUGGGAAAGAUCCGGGAUAUCUCGUCUUGAUCACCCCACGCUGCGCGCACACUUUUUUUCUUGCAAAGAAGUGUGUGUGUGUGUGAGAGAGAGAGAGAGAGAGAGAGAGGGCGAGCUCUCCUUUGGUUAGUGCUGUUGGCGUAGACAUCGGGGCCAUGCAUGCUGCAGAGUGGUUAGGGAAAUUCGUGACCCUGGCUUUGGUCUUUGCAAGCUUGGAUCCGGUGGUGGGCACGGAAGCCACCAACCCUCCGGAUGGUGCCCAAGAUAAUAGAGCGCCUCAGCAAAAAGGGCGCCUGUCUUUGCAAAACACAGCUGAAAUCCAGCACUGUCUGGUCAAUGCUGGUGAUGUGGGGUGCAGUGUAUUUGAGUGCUUUGAAAACAACUCCUGUGAGAUCCGAGGCUUACAUGAGAUCUGCAUGACGUUCCUCCACAAUGCUGGAAAAUUUGAUGCCCAGGGAAAAUCCUUCAUUAAAGAUGCUCUGCGGUGCAAGGCUCAUGCCUUACGGCACAAGUUCAGUUGCAUCAGCCGCAAGUGCCCUGCCAUCAAGGAGAUGGUGUUCCAGCUGCAGCGAGAAUGCUACCAGAAGCACGACCUCUGCUCAGCAGCCAAGGAGAACGUCCAGGUCAUUGUGGAGAUGAUUCACUUCAAAGACCUGCUGCAGCACGAGCCGUAUGUCGAUUUAGUGAACACCUUGCUCGCUUGUGGAGAGGAGGUUAGAGAGGCCAUCACUCGGAGCGUCCAGGCCCAGUGUGAACAGAGCUGGGGCAGCCUGUGUUCUAUCCUGAGUUUCUGCACCUCCAUCCCACAUGGAGAUUUCACCCUUGAACCAGAGAAGAAGCCAAAUGAAGUCCCCAGAUCCUCUAUUAGUCAAGGGGACAUUAUAGUCCACCCUGAACCUGACGCCAGAGAGAGCUCCCGAAACACCAGAGGGGAGAGAGGUAGCAGGCUUCCUGGGAAUGCCCAAACCCGCACUAAAGCUGGGAGCCAUAGUCCCAAAGUGGCUCACGGGAUUGUCGAACAGGCAGAGGAACUGUCUGACUUCUCUGACAUCCGGAGGUGAAAGGAGGAUGUAGCUCUUCUUUCCCCCUGCACCAGAACCUUCCUCCAUUGAGUUCAUCUUCUUAUCUAGGGGCAUUCCAAAAUAUGUACAAUAUAGAGGGGUGGUGUCAGGCAUAGGGCAUUGUGAGAUAUGUGGCAGUGACAGUGUAUGUAUUAUAAGUAACAGAGGAAAAGCAACAGCUAUUGGUUAUUGAUUGUAUCCAGCAAAUUUGAUGUGUAGGUGCAACAAAAUGUAUUCAUGUAAAUCCUUUCAUCUCUUUUUUAAAAAGAGGGGAAACGGGAGAUUAGAUGCAGGUUUGAGGUGGUGGUGAUUAGAGGAUUUGGCCACAUUUUAAUUGGUGAACAUGUAGAUCAGGUUCAACAUUGAGUCUCAAGACAGAAAAUAAUCUAGUCUCCACUCUCUCAGAGGCAAUGAGGGCUCCAGAUCAGGUGUAGAGAAACUCAGAUACAGAGCUCUGCAUAGGGGACCUUGGAAUUGCAAACUAAAUUGUCUGUCUGAGCCAUUGAUCUUGUCUAAGUGACACCAUCUGCCUUAAGUGUCCCUUGCAUUGGUUUGGGUGGCUCUUAGCUGACCUCUUCUGCUUUUUGUUCCAGUUUCUUUAGAAAUUGGCUGAUGAGGGAAUCAGUUUCUGGAUGAGGACAUUUUCAACCAACCCAAAAGCAUGCCUUUUUCUCUCCCCCCCCCCCACAUCGUAAAAUAAUCCACCUGGCUUCUGACUGAAGUGGGUUUCCUAAAUAUGGGUAACUCGCAUCUUAUUAUUAUUUUACUUGCAUGAGCCUGGCUGAGGGAAAAUAAAUAAAGAAAUGGAGAGCAGGGAAAACCCGUUCUCCAUUUAUUUAUUUAUUUAUUUGCCUACAAACAAACUGAACAAAGCUGCGAUCACAGGCUUACCUGGCUUUGGGAAGGCUGUACAAUGACUCUGGAAGCAUCCCGGAGCCCUCACUGUGCCUGCAAACUUUCUGAAGCUAAGUAGGCAGGCAGGGCAGGCACCUGGCUUUGGGAAGGAGGCGUCAGGCAUAAGGGCUCUGGUAGGGUCCUAGAGCCCUGCAUCUUCCAUAAAGCUGGGCUAGUGCUUACUAGGUUUCGGGAAUGAGGAGUGAGGACUCUAGGACCCUGACAGAGCCCUCAUGCCUCCUUUGCAAAGGCAGGCAAGCCUUCAGAGAGCCGAAGGAGGUGUGCUUUGAGAAGGUGGUGGAAGGGCUUUGGGACACUGCCAGAGCCCUCACACCUCCCCAAAGCAGAUAGGUAGUUGGUUCGCCCUACAACCGCUGAAACCAAGCCCUCAUGUGAGAGGCGAGUUUCCUGUACAGCGUAUAUAUGGUGGGCUACAACUUGCUUAGACACGAAGCUCUUUUUUCGGAGGCUUGAUGAAAAGUUAUUCUCUUCCUCAAAGCAGGACCACAAUGUUUGCAGAGCUAUAGAAAUCCUGUGCUCUAAGGUUGUGUGUGUGUGUGUGUGUGUGUGUGUGUGUGUGUGUUGCCAAAGAAAUGGUGAUGUAGAAUAAGCGCAACCCAGCACUGUGCAAUGAUUUAAUCAGGUUAACUACAGGAAGCUUAACUCAUCUUGACACCUCAGCCCCAGCCACCUCCUAAGUGCAUUUUGGACUACAAUCUCUGUUAUUAUCCAGAGUUAAUAUGCUUUAUUCCAUCUUUACUUCUAAAUAAACCUCUUUCUAUCGUUAACUAAGAUCACUCAGGACACUACAUUGCAUGGGAGGGACUGCAGUAGUCCUUAAAUCGAUGAAGCAGGUUUUAGUCAGAGACUGUAAGGCUACAUUAAUAGCUCCUGUGGCUUCAGAAGGCAUUGGCGACUGUUCCCUCAGCAGAAAGGCAGUAUCAGAACGAAAUCCCAGUGUAGUGGCUUCUUCUGCACACCAAUCUCCUAGGUGCAGGAACUUCCCCAGUCAUGGCCAUGUGCAUUCAUGCACAUUGCAUAUGCAAAGCUAGCUCUGGCUGGGGGACCUAGCCUCACUCGGACCAGGAACAAUAUCAUAUAAGCCUUUCCUCCUAUGAAGAACAAUAGAAUUGUUCAUGCAGCCAGGGAGUUUUAUUUACACCAUUUCAAACAAGGGCAACUUUUGUGAUUGUGUCAAGCAGUGACUCCAGGUCCCACUGAAGCAAGAGUAUAGAUGAGGUCCCCUUGUUCAUAUAAAAUUGUUUGAAAUGAUCACCAUAUCAUCAGCUUACAUAGGUACAAUCCAAAAAAAAAUCAGGCCCCUAUAUUUUCAUGUCAUUAAUUGGAUCUUACGGAAGUCAGAUUUACUAACGGGAACCAAAACUCAGAGACACCACUGAAUGUCUGUCAACCGAUCACCUCAGCAUGCAUAUAAUUUAUCUUCAUUCAGUAAAUAUAUGUUCCCCUUAUCGCUUACACAAAGGAAAUCCAGGUGUUUUUUGAGGGGGUGUAUAUAAUAUCUUCCCCCCCUCUGUGUAUGAAAAUUGGAUGUAUGUGUUCACCUACUGAUUCCACGUAUUCUUUUAUUGUAAAUAUUUGACGUUUCUAUUUAUUAUAGUUUCUCCAUAUAAAAAUAAUAAUAAAUAUGAGCACUGCUGGCUAAGGUAAUUUAAAUAUAUUUCAGGACCUGUGUUGUAUAUAUUAAUGCCACUAGUAGAUUUUUGUUAUUGUUUAAAGCAAGGGAAAUAUAAUUUUAUACACUCCAUAAUGUUAUUGACAGCAUAAAUCACUUAUUUAUUGUUAACUUUCAUUUCUAACAGAUAACAAGUGCAUUUAACCUGAUAGUUUUGUCAAGACAUCUGUAUAGCCUUACUUCUUGAAAAUAAAAAUAUGAUCAGCUGUCCGCUCAAGGAGCCAAUAAUAUUUUAACCCACCGUGACAACAACAACAACAAAAGUUCUUUUAAAAUUAUGGACACAGCGCAAUUAAUGUUAAGCAGUUCUGCUGUAUACUUCUGUGGCUGUUUACUCAGAAGUAAUUCACAGGGAUUGGCCACACUUCUGCUUGUCCUAACACUUUCACCCAGAGAAACCCACUUUUUGCUGAAUUAGAGCAAAUGUCAAUGGAGUUUUUUGUGGAUUGACAUUUGCUCAGAUUCAGCAGUAAAGAGCAGGUUUUCCUGGGAAAAAGCGGUGGGGGAAAUGGAAAAGCAGAAGGGUGGUUCAACAAGGGUGCGUUCAACAAGACUUGCAUCCAGGAAAGUGGACUGGAUUGCAGCCUUUAUAAUCUUGUUGGGUUGUAUCCGAUGUUGGUCAUAUACAACGAGGACCCGUUGAAACUAAUGGACAUAACUAACUUGAAUUCAUUAAUUCCAGUUGGUCUACUCUGAGUUGGGCUUAGUUGGCUACAACUCAUGGAGCUCAGUCAUUAAGUGAAUGUACAUUUCAGCCUUUGAAAGCAGAACUGAAAAGGGCUUAACUUUGGCUGAAUCAUGCCAGACUGGUGGGAAAUGUCCAUUACUUCUGAUUUACAGUUUCCAUUCAUUUCAGUACAGAGCUACUAUCCCUUCAAACAGGUUUGACAAAUCCACUUAGCACAACACGGGGAUCCCUCCCGCAAAUCUGGAGAGCAGAAUCAAUGCAACCCUCCCAUUAUCUCCAGAGUAGAUGCAAGGCUGCCUCAUAUGCUGGGAGUAAGCCAAAGUAAUUUACACUUCUGUCUGCCUAAAGCUCCUGUACAAUGAGAAACUGUUAAAAGAUGCAUAUCUGAACCCACAUAUGUGUCCACCACAUGUGUCGAUCCAAUGCGCACUCUUGAGAGGAAUGAAGCCUUUUGCGUGGAGUCAGGACGUGCAUCCAUUUAAAAUGUGUGUAUACCUUUAAACCUUAUGCCUAAUAAAGAACUUGCCACAC